AUGGGAAAUUGUUUAACACGGAGUUAUACUAACGGCCCAAUUAGCUCCAGCCGCCCGCAUAGCACUACUGAAAAGGAGGGCGUCCCGUCACUCGAGGCGACGCCGCGAAAACAGUCAUCUGAAGUAAAGUCUUCCUUCGAAACAGCUCAAGCCGUGGCGAAACCUAUCUCUUCCGCCUCUCUUCCCCGCGCAGCAGCUACGGGGAGCGCCGCUAGUAAUGGUAGCGCUUCAGCCGCUCCUCUCCCCGCGCGAAGCGCACUCCCCGCAUCAGUGGAGACUGCAAGACCCGCGAAGCCCGACGGUCUUGGCAGUAAAGCGCAGGAUUCCGCGCAAGUUGCGCCUGCGCUUCCCCCUGAUUUAUUCGGGCAGCCCGUGAAAGAAAAUUCUCUAGGGAGGAAGCAUGGCCUUGGCGGGGAGGCGGCGGCAGCGCGCGCGGGCAUGGAUGGCGGAACCGGGGACUGGGCGGCGAAAAUGGCGGAGCCUGGCGCAGUGAGGAACGGCUCGGUUAAGGUGCUCCCGCCGACGCCCAUGUUCGCGCACCUGGGGAACGUGCGGAAAGCGGGAAGCGGAGAGGCGCGCGCAGAGGGGCAUGCGCGUAGGCCCCGGCGAAGCGGAAUGGGCGCGCGGGGCGAGGAGGGGGAAGGUGCGGGAAGCGGAGGCGGGUCGAGGUCCGGGUCGGGGAGAUUGUGGGUGUUUGGGGGUUCCGCGGGCGGAAGCAGCGGAUCGCGCAGGGGCAUGAGCGCAACGGCUGCAGCAGCGGUGGCGGGGGGGGGGGGCGCAAGCGCGGGACCUGUUGACGUUCAUGCUCUUGGCGCAGCUGUGUCAGCAGCACUGCCCCGUCCGUUCGUCCCCUUCCUCCCGCCCCCCCCUCGCCCGUCCAGCCCCCGCUGCCUCUCCCCAUCCAGCCCCCGCUGCCUCUCCCCAUCCGCCCCCCGCUGCCUGCCUCUCCCCAUCCCAGCAGGAAACUGCCCUGCAAAAUCCCAGCAGGCGACUGCCUUGCGGGAGGGGCGGACCAUGUGUGAGCUGCUGAACGUGCAGCAGCGGGGCAAGGGGCGGCAUUUGCUGAUCAUGGCGCAUGGCUUUGGUGCCAACCACACUGUGAGUGGGGAGAGGGAUUCGACUGGGCAAUGGAAAGACGUGGUGGAGCUGAUGAGUGCAGACCGCUUCACCCAAUGGAAGGGCGUGGUGGAGCUGAUGAGUGCAGACCGCUUCACCGUGCUGCUCUUUGACUUCAUCGGCGCACAUGGCGCCCAGCACGACCUGUUUGACCCCGUGCGCUACGUGUCCCUCAAGGGCUUUGCUGAUGACGUGGCACUGCUGCUGGACGAGCUGGGGAUCCAGGCAUCAUCCUCGUGGCAGGAGGUGACGUUCAUAGGGCACCAGCAGGCGGGCAUGGUGGGGCUGCUGCUCGCACUGCAGAGGCCAGACCUCUUCCACCGAGUCAUCACGCUCGCCUCCUCGCCCAGAUUGCUGUCAGACGUGGGAUAUGCGGGCGGGUUUGAGCUGCAUGAUCUAGACCAGGUGUUUGGCGUCAUGCAAUCUAACUAUACGAUGUGGGCAGCGGGGUGCAUGCCAGUGCUCACACCAGACGACAUUCGACUGCCCCACGUGCGCGACUUCACUCGCCCGCUCUUCUCCCUCCGCCCAGACGUCGCUUUUGCGCUGCUCAAAACCACCUUCGCCUGUGACGUGCGCGCGGUGCUGCCAGAG